CCAUAUCUCUUCGUUCUCUCCAACCGACCCAACAUCUUACCUUCCUUGGGAUAUCUGUACGGCUUCAGUUUCUAGUAAUUUCGUACAUGCCACCGAGGGCGACGCCAUUCAAGAAAAAUAUGCCCAGCGACGUGGCCCUUUGCAUGCGACAAGAGCUCUUUGAUUACAUUCUUGACUUUCUGCACGAUGACAUCCCCGCCUUGCGAACUUGCGAACUUGCAUCCCGAGCUUUCUUGGACCGCAGUCGCUAUCAUAUUUAUUCAAAUGUGUUUAUCGUGCACAUCUCUGAAUUGGACUUGUUUCGAGAACAAUAUGGAGGGCAACUGUACCACCGCCAGAACUUUAUCGCAUUACUCGAAAAUUCACCUCAUGUCGCCCCUCUGGUCACAAGACUCGGAAUUCAUUCAAGAACAGUGCUAUUGACGAAUGUAUUCAUGGAGACCUCUCUCCUUUCUAUCAUUCCUUCCCUCCACAAUCUAUUCCAUAUCGAAUUCAUCUGUCGCGGAAUCCAUGAAGUCUCGGACCACUUUCCAGUCGCAACAUACAGACUCUUCCUCGCAGCUCUCCGCUCUGUGCCACUCAAGACGCUCAUCUUAAAUGGCUUCGCGUUUGAAACACAUGGAAAUUUCGCAGACCUACUCAUUGCUGCAGCAAACCCGGCACUAAAGCAUCUGUCGCUUAUCUGUGAUGACGGAGCAGAUUGGGGUUAUACCGUUUCCCCGCCGAUUCGCCCUCCACCGCAUGGUCUACCAGCAUUGGAAUCUUUGUAUAUGGCCGGGGACGCAACAUGCGAAAAUAUUUCAUGGCUAUUCUUUGACCAGUCUCUGUACGACAUCAGCGAUAUUCGACAUCUCCAACUAUACUAUGAUUCGAAGAGCGCAUCACCGAUCAUUCAGAAACUGCUUGAUGCGAUGCAAGAAACGCUCGAGUCAUUCACUCUGGAAGUUGACCCCUGGGCGGAUCAAGCCAGUUUAGAUCUGAGCCGACACAGCAGCCUUUCCUCUUAUUACGUUAUCUUGGCCUCUCCCCUGGACCCUCUCAUACUUGGAACGUGCCUUAGUCCUACAUUGCGGGCGUUGACAGUAGAGUGCGUGUUUAACCAGUGGGACCACAACUCCCGCCACUCUGUUUAUGCCUGGGCUGAGUUUGAUGCUCACCUCGAUGAACUGGCGUUGCCUGCACUGCAAAGUGUUCAUGUCAGGUUGCAUAAUCGUAUCCAUCCUGGCCGAUGCGACAGUCACGGAUGUGAUGGCUCUGAGCGCCCAACGGACGACUGGGAUCAAUGGAAGCGUCAAGUUGAGGAGAGCAUGCAUUUGCUGAAAGGUAGAGGUGUUUUGGAGGUUGAGGUCGUUAAACAGCACUACUGUAUACAAAGCAUUUUCGACUGAGUUAUCUUGUAAAUGCCUAUUCGUGUG